CCCGGCCGGAGGGAGGCCCCGCUCUGCCGCCAGCCCCGCCGCCGUCACGUGGCCGCCGAGUUUUCUCAUCCCGCAGCGGUAUGAGGAAGUCAGAGCCGCCGCCGCCGUCCGCAGCCCCGGCGGGCGCAGCCUCCGCCGCCGCCUCUCCGCGGCGCGACAUGCUGCCUCUCUCCGGCACUCGCCUCCCGGCGUGAAGCCCCCGCCGGCGCCGCCGCCCCGAUGGAGCAGCCCCCGGCGGCGGAGGAGUGGCAAGGGGCGACCCAGAAGAGGAAGGCCUGGGCCAAGAGCCGCGACUCCUGGCAGGCGUCGGAAGCGGAGGAUUUCUCGGCAGCGGCGCUGGCCCGCGGCGAGGAGGAGGAGGAGGAGGAGGAGGAAGAAGAGGAGGAAGAGGAGGAGGAGGAGGAUCUCGGCGGCGGCGAGCUGCCGCUGGCCGCAGGAGCAGGCUGCCUCGGCGUUCCCAACGAGAAGAUCGCGAUAUGGCUGAAGGACUGCAGAACGCCUCUGGGAGCCUCCCUGGAUGAGCAAAGCAAUCCUCUAUUGAAGGGCAUGCUGGUGAGAAAUGGAGGAAGUUUUGAAGAUGACUUAUCCCUGGGAGCCGAAGCUAAUCAUCUACGGAGUGAUACCCAAACAGAAACAUGCAAUGGUGUACUGGCAAAGGACAGGAGGCUGCAGUUCCAUCAGAAGGGGAGAAGUAUGAACUCUACCGGCUCUGGAAAAAGCAGUGCAACUGUUUCAAGUGUUUCUGAAUUACUGGAGCUUUAUGAGGAAGAUCCUGAAGAAGUGCUCUAUAACCUUGGGUUUGGAAGAGAUGAACCAGAUAUUGCUUCAAAAAUUCCAGCAAGAUUUUUUAAUUCAUCGUCAUUUGCCAGAGGGAUAGAUAUCAAAGUGUUUUUGAAUGCCCAAAUACAGCGCAUGGAAGUGGAAAAUCCAAGUUUUGCUUUAACAAGUCGUUUUCGUCAGAUUGAAGUGCUUACUACUGUGGCCAAUGCUUUUUCUUCUUUGUAUUCUCAAGUCUCUGGGACUCCUUUGCAGAAAAUUGGUAGUAUGAAUUCAGUGUCUUCCAGCAAAGAGGCAUCCAGCCCUCCCCCUCUGAACCGUAGCAAUACAGCCAGUCGGUUAAUGAAGACCUUGUCAAAACUCAAUCUGUGUGGCACACAGCAAGCUGAUGGCAGCAGCUCCUCGAGUCCUUCGCCUGUUGAAAAAGGGAAAAGUCUAGCUGAAGUAGGGAGUGAGGAAAAUGAUGUUAAAAAUGAAUCUAAAUUGCCAAAAUAUCCUAAAAAGAAAGACUGUCCCCCCUUCUUGGCUACUGUAAAGGAGGAGAUAGCCAGCAGUCAGACAAAGGCUGUGAACGCAGAGAGACCUUCACACCUCCCUGGUGUGACUGACCAUGCACAAGAGGGUUCUGUGCCUCCAGCAGAUGGGCAGGGUGGCAGGUUGGCAAGUGCCCAGGACAGACCAUGUGAAGAACCCGGUCUCUUGGACUCGCCAGGCCUCAGCAGCAGUUCCAGUACCUCUGACAGCAGUGUCCUGACACAGAGACUGUCCACAGCAUCGCCAGGUAGAGACCCCUGCGCUCCCCUCGCCAACCCGUCCAUAAUGAACCUAAUGCAGCAGCAGAAGGACUCCUUUGAGAUGGAAGAGAUCCAGAGUACAGAGGGGGAUCUACCUCACGUUUCAGCUACACACCAGCUAGCAGUGACCAAGUCAAGGAAAGAUCAGCUGUUACGCACAGCGAGUCAGCACUCUGACAGCAGUGGCUUUGCUGAGGACUCUACAGAUUGUUCUCCAUUCAAUCAACUUCAGGUUCAGGAGUCUUUGCAGGGCAUGGGAAGCAGUGCUGACAGCUGUGACAGUGAAACAACUGUGACAUCGCACAGUGAGGAACAGAAGACACCGAUAGCCAAGGAACUGCCCUGUUUUGAUAAGUUUGAGGAGGAGGAGGAGGAGGAAGAUGAUGAUGAGGAGGAUUAUGACGAUGAUGAAGAGGAUAUUAUCUCUCGAGUAGAGAGACGCAAGGUAGCGGCAUCUUCUGAUAGCAGAAGGAGUGAAGACAGAAAAAUUAGUGACUGUAAAACUGAACAAUAUCAAGGACAAGAAAGCAAGUCAUCUCAUGUAUCAGAGACAGUCCAAGGAGAGGUCAGCUCUAAAGAGGAAGACACUUCCAGUGAGCAAAAAGAAUCAGACCUGCUGGAGGAAGGCAGUGUGUUUGAGUUUCCUCAGUAUCACACACACCAUAUCCUCAAGUCGAUGCAGUCUCUGGAAGGCAGUGACUCCUCCACAUCACCUGUGGACAGAGUUCAGGUUGCCUUGCAAAGAGCUGAGAUGAGGAUCAUCAGCUCACCUGACUCCAAGGCCAGGUGCACUCUGCUUAAGUCGAAAGAUCUUCUGCGGAAACAGAGACUCUGGUUUGGUGAAUCAGGCUAUCCUCUAAGGCGGUCUCAGUCUCUCCCAACUGCAUUGCUGAAUCCAGUGAAAGUGGUGUCCUCUGUGAAUGUUCAGUUAACUCCAGGAAAAGAGACUCUCUGCAGUCCUCCUUCUUUCACCUACAAGUACACACGAGUGGAGGAGGACAAGACAGCAGCAUCUGAGAACAACAGAAAUGAGGAUGAGGCAGCCUCCAGCCAUCCUACGUGCAAAUCCACACUGUUUAUUGCGCCUUCGUCCUCCAAGAAAGAGGUGCCCCCGGCUGGGCCCAGCAGGCUGCCUGAGGAGCUCAGUCCCACCAGGGUACAGAGCUGCCCGCUGCACAUGCCAGCAGCCAUGUCCCAGUCCACGUGCUCCCUCCAUUCCCUCCCCACAGAGUGGCAGGACAGGCCGCUCUGCGAGCACAUGAGGACGCUCAGCACCCACAGUGUCCCAAGCAUCUCCGGCUCUUCCUUUAGUGCCAUGCUUUCCCCCUUCAGCUGUCCCUUCUUUCCAAGGCAUGGAGUUCCUCAUCGUCCUCUUGCCAUGAACCCACCCUCCACUGUGGAGAUGCAGCUGCGCAGGGUCCUACAUGACAUCAGAAACUCUCUGCAGAACCUCUCGCAGUACCCAGUGAUGAGGGGUCAGGAUCUUUCAGCGGCCACUGGUUACACUACUCAGAGAUCAUCCAUUCUACCUCUCUAUGAAAAUACUUUCCAGGAGCUACAAGUGGUGAGGAGAAAUCUAAAUUUAUUCAGAACCCAGAUGAUGGAUUUGGAAUUGACUAUGUUGCGUCAACAGACCACAGUUUAUCAGCACAUGACAGAGGAGGAAAGAUUCGAGGCUGAUCAGCUGCAGAGCCUGAGGAAGUCUGUCCGCAUGGAGCUACAGGAGUUGGAGAUGCAGUUGGAAGAACGCCUGCUUGCCUUGGAAGACCAGCUCAGAAGUCUGCACAUGUCUUCGCCUUACAGACCUCAGACACACAUAGGUAUGUAUGGAAGCAGAAGUGCUGAUAAUCUGUCGUGUCCUUCUCCAUUGAACGUCAUUGAACCAGUCUCUGAGCUUAUUCGAGAGCAGUCAUUUCUGAAGUCUGAACUGGGUUUAGGACUGGGAGAGCUUGGACUGGAAACUCUCCCAGCAGAGGGUACAGAGUCAGUAUUCUCCCAUGGAAACUCGGAUUCCUCUUCAGUGUGCUCUGGUCACACAGGUAGAAAAGCUAAGAGUCAAAGCAAGAAGUUGUACCGAGCCUCUGUUGCCUUAACACCAACUCCCCCAGCGAGAGCAGGCACUGGACAGCCAGUGGAAAGCUCUGAGGAGCCUGCAGACUCCAAGCAAGAGGUGGAGCACAAACUUGAAAGAGUCCCUCUCAUGCCUUCAGUCGAUGAAAUCCACAAAGCGGUGGAGCAGGAGGAGCUGCAACAAGUCAUACGGGAGAUCAAGGAAUCUAUUGUUGGUGAAAUAAGAAGAGAAAUAGUAAGUGGAUUGUUAGCAGCUGUAUCACCCCAAAGCAGAUCUGCUACUGCAAAACAAGAUACACAGCCAUGAAACUGGUACUACAGGCUGGAUGUAGUUGGAAGUGCUGUGGGAUUCUGCCUUGGACAGCACCCACUGGUGAAAGUGUCAAGUUGGUUUUGCUUCAGGAAGUGUUAAAGCUGCUGAGAUGGGCUACUGUGUUUGGCGCUUGGUUCUUCAAUGUGGACCUUUCCUUGAGUUCAUCUGGGAGGACUUAGACACUUUAACAUUACUUUCCUUAAAGCAUCAGCAACAUUGUGUCACUCUGAAAGGUUCUGUAUUUAUUUGUAUGUCCCUGUUGUAAAUUUUUAUGUAGCUAAUUUCUUUGUCUAAUGAUGCAUCAUGAAACUUGAAGAUUUCCAGACGUAACCAAUUUAUAAAUAACACGUACACAUUCAGCCUAGCUUUUUUUUAAAAAAAUAGAAAAAAACCCACAACAACCCCUCCCAAAACACUGACCUCUAUGAGGUAUUUAUUGUGCAAUAACUGAUCCACUUUAAGAGCUUGAAAUAACCAAUAAUGGUUUCCACUGCUGUUACUUAGUGCCACUUCAAAAGAAGGAGACAAUUCUGUUAUACAAAUUGCUGUUAAUUCUUGGGGCGGUUACUAUUAGCAGAGUGGUAGAAUGACAUGAGGUUACUCUCAAAACUACUUAAAGUUCUGACACUGAAAGCCUUAUCUUUGUGUAGAAGACAACUUUUAAUUAAUUUUAUUUGCUUCCUUACUGUUUGCUCAUCCCUUUAUAGGAAAGUGCCUUAUUUAAGCACUGGGGUGGGUUUUUUUUGGUGUUGACUACUUGCAGUCACAUCGAGAAGUUCUGCUUCAUAUUAACCAAAAUGCAAUAGAAAUACUAUCUUCUGAAAGCAAUUAGGAUUUGCAACUUGGAAUGCAUUAAUGACCUUGCUUAUAUUAUGGGGAAAAUGGAAAAAAAAUGUUUUCCUUCUCCGUCCCUCACAGAGUGUAUUUUCAGUCAGCCUGGUGAAUAUCUGAUUGUUCCAAUGGAGAAAAUUGGAAGUCAUUGGAGUUUUUAAGUGGUCAAAUAGACAUUUAGUGGAUAGGUAAUAUCCCUUUUGGCUGCGCUUGAACUCCCUUUACUUCUUUGCCUUUUCCAUCUACUAAAACUCUUCACACUAUGUCAAGGUCUUUAAUCAAAAAUAGUUUCAAAUAUUACAAUAUUAUAUGAAAAAGUUUAUAAAGUUUUAAAUUGUGUUAGGAAGACACACAAGGGCUGAUUUCUUUAAAAAAGUGUAUAUUAAACCAAUAAAAUAUUUAUUUUGC